CGGCCUGCCAGAACCCGCCUGGACGCUGAGCUGGGUGGGAACACUCGACGAGCAAGAUCUUCUCCUCACGUGGUACUUUGACAAUAUCCACCAUGCCAUCCCCCUGUUCGCCCAAGGGGAUUGGCCCGACAUCCGGGCCGCUGUGUACAGCUGCAGUCCUGCCCUUGUCGACGCCAUGCUCGUCAUCGCCGCUCGCUUGUCCCGUGCCAGCCUCGCCACCGUCACCGCAGCUGAGAUCGACACGCACAUCGACCGGCUUCUCGCGGCACCAGCUCUGCAUGAAGACGAUGACAUCGUCGUCAGCGAGCCCGCCAGCCUCAACCGGAUGCGCCAGGCCUGCCUCCUGGCCUUCUACGAGUACCACCAGUGUCCCGGGCAGCAGGCCUGGAUGCGCCUGAGCCGGCUCGUGCGGUCGGCCUACUGGACGGGGCUCGACCGCAUCGAGAUACUGUGCCGCCGCUCGCCAGUCUGGACGGCCCUGAGCGAGCGCCAGGUCGACGAGUGGCGACUGCUCUGGUGGUGCAUCUACGCCCUCGACUCGUAUGCCAACGUGUCUGCGGGCAUGCCCUACGUUGUCGACGAGCGAGUCAUCAACACGGCCUUCAUGACGCCGUCUCGGGCUAAGCAGCAACAACAGAAGCAAGGCAUCACCCUACCAUACCGGGCGGAUGACCUGGUCGACGUGCUGCAGGCCGUCCUGGCCCAGGCUCCGACUCCCGGCACGAUCAAUGGCCUCGAAGGCGACCUGCACAUCAUCACCAUCACCGCGCUCCGUCAUACCGGACGUGCCUCCCAGCUCGCCGCUGUCAUCGGUCCAGAUGAGUUCGAGGCACUGCUCGAUGAAACCGGCCGGCGCCUGGCCUCCCUCCGCCUGGCCUUCCCGGCAAAUUUCUUCAGCCCGACCCGCCACGUACUGGCCGGCGAGACGUCGUCGACACACCACGCCCGCCUCGUCUGCAAUCUGCACGUCCUCACCGCGCAGCUUCUCGUCGCCAUCGGCCAUUGCACGCGCAUCGAGGACGAGGGCGCCGAGUGGCUGCACUACUGGCAGCUGGCGCUCCAGCACUGCCAGAACAUCGUGGCCGUCGCGGGGCACUGGGACAGCACGUUCUGCACGCGGGUCGACCCGGCCGUGGCCAUCAUCGCCUUUGUCGCGUUGGUGUUUACGGAUCUGCAGGCCAAGUUCUCGCCUGGGGCGACAGCGACAGCUUCUUCAGGGUUGCAGAUGGAGAUGCGACAUUCUCAGACAAUCCUGCUGCUGUUUCUCGAGAGGUUUGCCGAGGUCUGGACUCUAUCGCGGCUCCUGAUUCUGUCUUUCAAGGGUUUUCAAGAGGCUCUUCCACCGCAGAUUGGGUAUCCGCAGGUCCGAGCGGUGGUGCGCCGCUUCGAGAGCCCCAUGCAUCCAAGAUGGCUCACUUUCUUGCAGUCCGCUGGGCAGAUUGUCGAGGGCUCGCACGUGGAGUAUGAAUCAUUGUUUGUUUGACAAAAACGAUUACCAAGACAAGAUACCCAAGUAUGCUACGCAAUCUGUUUAC